GGUCCCAACUUGAAAGGCGAAGUUGAGAACCAAGAUUUAGUCCUUCCUGUUUCCUCAGAGCCGGUCACUACGAGAGAGAUGAACUUUCUGAGCAAAAAUACUAUCUGCUAUGAGCCGCCUGAGGAAAAACUGAAGGGAAAGAAUCCUCUUAAAUAACAAGUUGCUCUCUAGGAAGAAUUUUUCCCGAGAGAACUCUGGAAGGGCUUCUUCCAGAAGAGUUACUGAUUAUUCCCAGAUGAAUCUUGGGAAAUGAACCUCUUCUCGGCUUUCUAAUGCUAACAAAAGUGAUAUCUCCUCGUUUGAGGUUGAAAGGGGUGUGGCUGAGAUCCACAAAACUCGCAAUUUUCAAGGCAGAAAUGCUUCAGAGAAGAAUAGCUCUGACCUCAUAGGUGAACAGGAGUUUUACAGAGCAAAACAAAUGAAGCACCAUAGGUUGGGGGUUGAUAAGAAGUCAAUUUAUGGAAAUUCAAGGGGAUUUCCUCAAAAAUAGACCAAUUUCUGCUACAUCCAGCCUUUUGAAAGUGGAAAAAGGGUUUAAGAAGAGGCCGCUGACAGGCAGAGUCAUGGUACAGCAUCGUCCAAGCAUGAGAAUUCUCAGAGAAAGAGCAUCUAAAGACACACCUAAUCUUGAAGUUCACAAUGGAUGUCAUAAUACGAGAAAUAAUGAAGGAAUCGAUCAGAUGCAGCUCAAGAAUACAAUGAAGUAUAUUACAGGCCAGAUGCAGCUAGCUAAAGACUAUCUUUCAAAAUAAAGCUCUCCAUUCUCAGAAUCAAUAUGGGUUCCGCUCUCAGGCCCACACAAGUAUAAAGACUGUAGGAGGGUUUGUCAAGGUGAAUCCCAAAGCAAGGCUUAAAGGCAAGGAGAAUUCGUGCAGAAACUCUGUCAGAAGUGGAAUGGAUACUCGUCAAGCCUCAAAAGAUCUAACCGAUGUGAUGUACGAUAUAAAGAUAAAUACCCAAGGUCGGCCUCCUUCUGGCUUUAAGGGAGAUACGAGUCAAAGAAAGGUGAAUUCUGAAGAGAAUAAUCCAGUUCUCAAGCCUAAUAUAACCAAAGGGAAAUACAAGAAGGAAUCAAGUGAGUAUUUAUCCAAGGCAGACAAGAAAACUAGGGGCAAGAAAUAAUAUAAUGAUUCAGUCAGUUUAAA